UAUGAGAGCAGUACGCCUUGUAACGUCAAGUGUGCAAACUGUCGUGAAAGCACAUCGACGGAGAAAGAAGUGUGCAGGACGCUAAUAAGUCAGUCUUAUUAUUUGUUCUCCAGUUUGAAAUAUUUACGUCGUAUAAAAUACAUCCUUGAUUCUUUAUUUAAGGAUAAACACGUCUCGAUGUGCUAGAAGCACUGUGCCGCUUCUCGUGCUAUCUUUGCUUGUUAGCCUAGCUCGCCAGUUAGCUUAGUUUGUUAGCUGCUAACAGAAGACACAGACGUUAUCAACACAACGCUAAGUAGAGAUCAAGUGUGAGAGUAAAGUGUUGUGAUUGUGUGAAAAUGUCUACAUUACAAAUGUUGAGAGCGUUGGUGGAUCAGCGACUAACUGCUGCCGUUGAAGAAAUAUUUGUAGUGUUAGAAAGAACGAUAGCAGAAUACGAGGCGGAACUUUCUAGAACAAAAGAGGAGAACAAUCAACUACUGGACGCUGUUUUCACGAAACAUCAAGUUGUGUUGCACAGAACAGAGGAGAAGGAGCGACAACAUCAACUUCAGGACGCUGUUUUUAAGAAACAUCAAGUUGUGUUACACAGAACAGACGUCCAUCAGCCCCCUAACAUUAAAGAGGAAGAGGAUGAUCCACAGCCCCCCCACAUUAAAGAGGAAGAGGAGGAAGUGUGGAUCACUCAGGAGGGAGUGUGUCUUCUAGGGCAGGAGAAGGAUGAUCUCACCAAGUUUCCACUGAAUGUUGUCUCUGUGAAGACUGAAGAGCAUGAAGACAAACCACCUGAGUCCUCACAGCUUCAUCACAGUCCAAACGUCUGUGAAGAACAACUUCUGCCCGAAAAACAGGAGUGUAGCUUCAGAAUGGUGAAGGAGGAUCCAUCAAAGAGGAAGACCAGGUACCACGGACCCUCUGGGGUCUCAUUUACCUCUUUGACAAAGACCCUUCCCUGUAAAAAGGAAGAGGAAGAUUUACUGACCCCCCACAUUAAAGAGGAAGAGGAGGAACACAGCAUCAGUCAGGAAGGCGAGCAUCUUGAAGGACUGGUGGAGUUCCCAGUGACUGGUGUCCCUGUGAAGAGUGAAGAUGAUGAGGUCAAAGGUGAAAGUGAGGAGAAGAGAGAGGCGGAGCCUCCAAGCAGCAGCUCAACACAACACAUGACAACAGAAGCUGAUGGAGACCACUGUGGAGGAUCACAAGCAGACAAGCUCUUAGCUCCACUAUCAGAUAGUGAGGACACAACAUCACACUCUCCUGACACUGAUGAUGAAGACUCUAAAGAUGAUAAGACAUGUCACACUGACAACACUCACUUGAAAUGUUCUCACUGUGACAAAACCUUUAAAUACCAUAGUUAUCUGAAAAGACACACGAGAACACACACUGGAGAAAAACCUUUUAUCUUUUCAAUCUGUAGUAAAGGUUUUGUAGAAAGUCGCCAUUUGAAAGUACACAUGAGAGCACACACUGGUGAAAAACCUUUUUCCUGUUCAACCUGUGGUAAAGGUUUUGUAAAAAGUUGUGAUUUGAAAGUACACACGAGAAUACACACUGGUGAAAAACCUUUUUCCUGUUCAACCUGUGGUAAAAGUUUCACACAAAGUCAGAGUUUGAAAGUACACAUGAGAGCACACACUGGUGAAAAACCAUUUUCCUGCUCAGAAUGUGGUAAAUGUUUUACUCAGAGUCACAGUUGGAAAGAACACAUGAGAACACACACUGGUGAAAAACCUUUUUCUUGUUCAAUCUGUGGCUUAUCUUUUACAAGGAAGGAACAUUUAAAACUGCACAUGAGAACACACACGGGUGAAAAACCUUUUUCCUGCUUAGACUGUGGUAAAUGUUUUACUCAUAGUCACAGUUGGAAAGUGCACAUGAGAACACACACUGGUGAAAAAGCGUUUUCCUGUUUAAUCUGUGGUUUAUCUUUUACAAGGAAGGAACAUUUGAACGUGCACAUGAGAACACACACUGGUGAAAAAGCGUUUUCCUGUUCAAUCUGUGGCUUAUCUUUUACAAGGAAGGAACGUUUGACAGUGCACAUGAGAACACACACUGGUGAAAAACCUUUUUCUUGUUCAAUCUGCAACAAAAGCUUUUGUGACCGAUCAAACCUUGUAGCACACAUGAGAACACACCCAGGAGAGAAAGUGUUGAGUUGCAGUGUGUGUGGUGAAAGAUUCUCUUAUAAGUACCAGUGUAAGAAACACAAGUGUGUUGGUGAGAACAGCAGCAGCAAAUGAAACUGCAGGAUUUAAAAUAAACCGUCAAGACUUUAAUUUUGACUUUUCAACAAAAUCAGCACAUAUAACAUGUGUGACAUUGUUGUUUGUGUAACAAUCUUUUUAAUAUGCUUCUACAUUUAUAGAUUAGAUAUUUUAUAUUGGUGCUCAAAAUAGCCAGAAAAAGAGAACUUUCAUCUGAAACUCGACAGUCUAUUCCUGUUCUUAGAAAUGAAGGCUAUUCCACAAAAUUGUUUGGGUGACCCCAAACUUUUGAACGGUA